CUUGUCGCCCUCGUCUCAGAAACUGCUGCUCUUUGUGCGCCAGGUAGCAAUACACCUGUCCUCUGCAUCUUCAACCAUCUUUACUAUAAAAAUUUUCUGAAUUCUCACGUCGGAGAAGGAUCAACUUGAUUACCUCUGGAGAUGGCUCGGCCUAUCCACUGUAACGUGUCAGUUGUUUUGGUGUUGGUCCUUGUGCUGAUUGCCUCCUGCAGAAGCAGUAGUGUAAGUGAAGAGGGUCACCACCACGAGAACGAACACGCGAAGUCAGGGAGGGAGGCUAAAGAAACGACGGAUUCAUGGACCAACUGGGCUAAGGACAAGAUCUCCGAGGGCCUCGGUCUCAAGCAUGACGACGGCAAGGAGACCGCUAAGCAGGCAUACGAUGCAACCGGAGACACUGCCAGGACAGUUCAGGAUACUGCUUGCAGCGCUGGACAGUACGGUGCAGAUAAGGCCGGAGAUUUGAAGGAAACGGCGAAGUACAGUGCUAGCAAGACCGGAGCAGCUGCUAAGGGAACGACAGAGUAUACUGCGGACAAGGCCGGAGAUUUGAAGGAAACGACGAAGUGCGGUGCAGGCAAGGCCGGAGAAGCUGCCAAGGGAACAGCAAAUUAUGCUGCGGACAAGGCCGGUGAUUUGAAGGAAGCGGCAAAGUGCGGUGCAGGCAUGACCGGAGAAGCUGCCAAGGGAACGGCAUACUAUAGUGCGGACAAGGCCGGAGAUUUGAAGGAAACGGCAAAGUAUGGUGCAGGCAAGGCGGGAGAAGCUGCCGAGGGAACGGCAGAAUAUGGUGCGGACAAGGCCGGCGAUUUGAAGGAAACGGCAAAAUACGGUGCAGGCAAGACCGGAGAAGCUGCCAAGCGAACAGCAGAAUAUGGUGCGGACAAAGCCGGAGAUUUGAAGGAAACCGCGAAGUAUGGUGCAGGCAAGACCGGAGAAGCUGCCAAGCGAACGGCAGAAUAUGGUGCAGGCAAGACCGGAGAAGCUGCCAAGCGAACGGCAGAAUAUGGUGCAGACAAGGCCGGAGAUUUGAAGGAAACGGCAAAAUACGGCGCAGGCAAGACCGGAGAAGCUACCAAGGGAACGGCAAACUACGGAGCAGACAAGGCCGGAGAUUUGAAGGAAACUGUGAAACAAACAGCACAAUACGGUGCAGACAAAGCCGGAGAUUUGAAGGAAACCGCAAAAUACGGUGCAAGCAAAGCCGGAGAAGCUACCAAGGGAACGACACAGUACGGUGCGGACAAGGCCGGAGAUUUGAAGGAAGCGGUGAAGGGGACGGCACAGUACGUUGCAGACAAGGCCGGAGAAAUGAAGGAUUCGGCGUUGGGAAGACCACGUCACGGCGCGGAGAGAGCAGUGAACAUGGGAAACAUAAGCAUGGAGGAAGUGAGAAACAAAGCAGUGGAUGCAGAGCAGCAACGUGGAGCCACGGAAAAGGCGAGGGAGGGUUACGAAGCAGCGAGAAACAAGGCUGGAGAAACUCUGGAGAGUGCCAAGGAGACCAUUGCAUCCAACUACGACACAGCCAAGCAGAAAUCGAAAGAAGUGAAGGAUAACAUUGCUGGUCUGGGUAGAACUCGAGACGAAGAACUCUGAGAGAGAGAGAGAGAGAGAGAGAGAGAGAGAGAGAGAGAGACUCUUGGGUGGCUCGUCGUCGUCGUGGCUCUUCACGACCGUUAGUCAGUUUCGCUCGUACAACUUUUCAUUUUAUAUAAUGUAUCUCUAUAGUACUGUUCUAAGAUAUACUGUACUGUUGUAAGUUUUUUUUUCUUCUGUCUGUAAUUGUGUUUGGUUUUCUUUGUCAUCUGUUGUUCAUAAGAAUCUGAAUGAAUGAAAGAAAAACUAGUAUACUUCAUCCUGUUAA